GCCUUCAGGAUCGGGUUUAGGAUGCCCGUGUAGUUUCAAACACUUGGGUAAGCCUCAGACUGUGCCCUGUUGGAUUCAUGAAUCUGUGCACCAUUUCUUCAUCGUGUCGGCUGUCACUGUCUUGGACAGGAGGAAGGAAAAGAUCAAACUUUUAACUCAGAUGGGAAUAUAAUUUUUUAUAUGAAUAACAGACUGCUGUGGAUCCUCCCACGGGGACAAAUAAAGCCUUAAUGAUACAAAAGGAUUAUUUAAUACUCAUUCAGCUUUGCUGGAUCUGCUGAGUAGUUUGGAACUGAAGCUAAAGGGGGUCAAAGAGAUCAUGUUUUACAGUAAGGACAGUAGACACCGUCCAGCAGAGGGCGACUCCUCUGGUUAUAACAUCAGUCUCUUAAAUACACAGUCAAUGUCAGUGUCAUUAACUGAAAUGACUCCUUUAACACUUUCACAAAGUUAAACACACUUAGAGGACCCGAUCUACCUGUUAGUCACUAAAGCACAUUUUAAACACUGUGAGGCGUUCAUGUAACCACAGGUAAGAGUGUUUAUCCACCGACACAGGAUGUGGUUUGAAAACUUGGUUUCGUGUUCAGUUUAGAGGAAAGAGUGUGACAACAAAUGAGUUUCUGUUUUUUUGGUUUGUUCUGUAGCUGACUGAAGUCCUGGUUCUCCGUCCUUUCCACUCACAUUACCCGUCAGCUAGAAUUGUUUCUGUAUACGACAUAAAAGACGUCUCUGAAAUUAGUCAUCUUGGUAAUAACACUUAAAUUUCCUGACAUUAAAAAACUGUUUAAGUUACAGUGAGACCUAAACCAGUUUAAAAUCUUCUCUGUGAGGCUGAAGAGUCUCCGAUUGAACUUCCUAACAAUGAAUCAUAAACAGCUCUUAAACUUAUUUAUAGCCUCACUCUGCUGCUAAUAUCAGCCUGGAGCCCUGACUCCUUAUACAGUAUCUGAACCCCGUCAGAGCCAGCGGUCAGCCAACAUGAACCCCCCAGACCCUGUAAUAGAAAAGGUCAACCCUCGGCAUGCGCGCACACACACACACACACACACACGCACACACGCACACACACAGGAGAAAGUAAAAAAAUUACAGUUGAAGUCUGUUCAUUGUGUGUGUGCGUGAGUGUGUGUGUGUGUGUGUGUGUGUGUGUGUGUGUGUGUGUGUGUGUGUGUGUGUAGAUUUCAGUGUGUAUGUGUGUGUGUAGUGUGUGUAGGUGUCAGUUUGUUUGUGUGUGUGUGUGUAGAUUUCAGUGUGUAUGUGUGUGUGUAAGUGUGUGUAGGUGUCAGUUUGUGUGUGUGCCAGCUGCAGACACUGCAGUCUCUUAUUCUAAUCCCUGAGACAAUGUCAGCCAAAAGCAGUUUAUUAAUAACCUUGGGGGGCCCAGAGGGGGAAUAUCUGACAUAUCCUCCCUCUGGCUCUGCCCCCCGUUUAUCCCCAGCAGAGAGACGCUUAUAGACGUUACAGACAGGUGAUGGUGUGAAGUUACAACUCUGCAUUCCUGCCUACUGUUCCUUCUAUUGUCUCGCUCCUCUCAGCUCGUAUCAAAGAAACCCUCUACAAAAACACACGGAGCAUCAGGACAUCUCGAAGGAGGAAAUUCUUUCCAAAACAUGUUUGAUUCCACUUGAAAGUACUUGUAUUUAUCAGGGUAACCAUGUUUCUCCCCUCAAACAUGGAAUGUUGUUCAUCUCAGUCGCAUUCUUUCAGUCAGUGUGAAAAAGUGAAGAGAAAUUCCUGCUGCUGUUAUAUGACACUGAGUCACCUAAAAAACUCGACAGAGCUGCGCAGAGCAUCUUUGAAAACAGGAAACAAGCAGAAGAGAAUAAAAAAAUCUGUAGUUCAAACGUGAACCUGUUUCUUGUGUAUCUGAAGAUGUAACUGACCACUGUAUAUACACAGAAAUAUGAUCCUUUAACCUCAGAGUCUGCUGUGAUUGGCUCUUUGGGGCUACAGUACCAUGCUCAAUGAGAUCCCCCCUCACCUGGUUUAGAUCAGGGCACCGUGGUCACGUUUAUGUUCAUUUUGAUUAUCAUCAGGAAAUGUUUGAAGGUUUUUAAGCUGUGUUGGGAGAGAGAGAUCAGGAAAUACGUAACUCGAUGACUCAAUGCUAUUUGAUAAUUAGCUUGGCUCACCUGCAGCCUCCCUGAUCCAGGGUAACUUUCACCUUAAGGACCAAUACAGAGCUGUGCAGGUGACUUCCUUCACCACUCAACUAUCUGAGACUUCAAAAACAAAAGCAUUGAUUGAAAAAUGUGUUUGUGCAGAGAUUUAAACCUCAAAUCAUUCACCUUAAACACCUCCAAAUGUAUUUAAAUAUUCAUUUUAUAAUGCUGUCAGUGCACACAGGCCUUUAAGGUUUCCUAACCCGCCUAUCCUUUUUAAACUCUGCUCUCUCUCCAAAUAUGGUCAGCUUUAGCUCCAUGAAAUGAGGUUUCUUUGAAUUUUCUUAAAGUGUCUUUGAAUAGUGUUAACGUUCCUGUUUCUGAGCACAUGAUACAUAAACCGCUGAAUAACACUAACAUUAUAGCAGGCGCAGACAGGCAAUAAUAUGUUUGCAUAAAAACAACAAGAAAGCAGACAAGCAGCAGUUUCUUCUAUGCACAAAAAUCUAGACUUACAUACAUGUACAUACAUACAAACACACACACACACAUAGAUACAUAUAUACACAUAGACACACAUACAUGCCACAGUAUACAUAUAUGUAAGUUAGUGUUCACAGAUUUGUCUUUGUUUCAGCCAUAGUUUUGUUUUGAUAUUGAAGGCUUUGGGGUCCUUUAAUGUUUUUAUUUCUAAUGGUAAUUUAUUCCAGAUCUGUGGACCUUUGACUGAGGAGGAAGACGGUUUACAGUCUCCACUGACUGUUCCUCUCAUAGAAACUACUUUAUAUGAGAAUUUUUGGAUCAUUUCGCAAACUAGGUCUGGGGCAAAGCCAUCUACACACUUAAAACCAGUUUAAGAAAUAAGAGAUUUAUGAAACUUUUAAAGCUUGUGUAAAACUAUGCAAUGGUGCCAUCUUUUUUCUUCAUUUAUGUUAUCAAAAGUCGACCUCUGAUGAUCUGAAUCAUGUUUCCUGCCUCCAUGAAAACUUGUGCGGUCAGGGGCGGGGCUUCUUUUGUUCGUAUAUUUCAGACAUCAUGACACAUCACUGCUGUAAGCGUCCAGUUAUCUCUCUGUUUAUAUAUUUAUGACUCAUCAACAGAGAGCCAGAGCUCUGACAUCACUUCCUGACAGUCAGCUGUUCACAUAACUCAUCAGGAUGAGCUUUUUCAUUUCUACUCCUGCUGCAGAAAAACAGUCAGAUUUCAAACUAUUGUAAAAGUCUUUUAUUUUGAAAGGUGUGUUUCCUCCUUUCUUUGAUAACUUAGCAGAUCUUUAAUUUCCUCUCAGAGUUCAAACAUUCAGGACAAAGAUUUUCACAAACCCAUGACAGCAAAUAGAAAAAAUAAGAACAAGGAUUUAUCAUGAAAUUCAGCGAAUCUCAGGAAAAAUUAAACAAGAACGGCAAUGACUAAAUCAACAGUAGAAAACAAGCGACAGGUUAAAAAGAGUCACAGGUGAGACAGAUAACAAUCAAGAUAGCAAUCAAGCUCCUGAGCCUCUGAUUGGUCAGAGUCAUGCUGCACCUGUGACACACCCUUAAUAAUACAGGAGUAAACACCUCGUCUCACACCUGCUGCCUCCUUUAAAGUAACGAUGUUCAAUCAGCAACACCUGGUCAGCAUCAUUCAAUCAUCUCUUCUUCUUUCUGUGUUCACAAAAAUGAAGUUAUUACCAAGUGAAUUUCAUGUGAAGUUUGGAGAGGUGCAACACAAAUGGUGCAAAUUCAGCAAGGUGUUCACAGGUGGGUUCAUACAACAGACCACUCUGAUCAUUUCAGUUAAAAAUUCCUGAACUCACUCACGUCUCAACAGCCAAUCAGUAAAGCGAUACCUUUGUGGUGUACAUCAUUCAUCUGACAGGUAAAGCUCGGGGUAGCUGCACAUCAGAUCACCAUCCUCCGCCAGUUUCUAUGGAAACAGGAACAAAAAGGAGUUGGCUGUGAGGACAGUGAGGAGAUUAUCCUGAAACUUCAAUCAUGUUUAAUGUAAAUGGACCGAAUAGACGUGAGGAAAUCUUGGGCUCUCUGGGGUAAAUUUACAUCUCUAUGUAAGACACACAAAUGGAGCAUGUUAGCUAGCAUGGAGCUAUAAACUAUAAGCUAUAAACAUAGAAAACAAUCAAACAAAUCUGACACAGAUUCCUGUUCUAGUUUCUACAGUAAUAUCAGACAACAUGGACCCGGUGGGAUUUCUUGGUUACUGCAUCAAAGAUUUUCACUCCUGUUUCCAUUCCUAUUGACAGACAUCAGCAUUUGAUCAUCGGUAAUCCAGCAUCACAUCUCCUCCAUGAACUCUGUUGGUUCAGAGUUUAGAGAGCUCUGCUUUAAAGGGCAACAGCUGUAGUUUAACAGCACAGAGGACAUGACAGUGGGUUAGAUUAAGUACAGGAACUUUAAAUCACGAUGAAUAUCUGUGAGUGUUGCAAACUUUGUUGGGUGAAACACAGGGAAGUCAGACCUGAGCUCAAACUCUCAGAGAAUAGUCGCAAAAGUCAGAAACAUCUCUUCAGAGCUGCUUUAAAGCUCCUCUUGAGUUAUGAUGGUGUGGGAUGAAGGAGGGUGCAGCCAUGAGGGGCUCAGAGGUGGGGUUUCCUCCCCCUACUCCCCCUCCUCUGUCAUAUAAAUGUCCUCCCUCCCCACCUCAUCGUCUCCACCGUCUGUCAGGCUCUCUCUUGCUCAGGUCAGCUGUCCGUCCUCCACCGUUUGUCUUCUCCUCUUCUCUCUUCCUGUGCUGCUACAGAGGCCCAUUAACCCUCAGCCAAGAUGGAGGCCAUCAAGAAGAAGAUGUUGAUGCUUAAGCUGGACAAGGAGAACGCCCUGGACCAGGCGGAGCAGGCGGAGGCCGACAAGAAGGCGGCAGAGGACAGGAGCAAACAGGUGAGGAGCUCAGGUGUGAACGCUGUCACCUGUGAGUUAUGAGACAAAGUGAGUCUGUUUGUGUUUGAAGGUGCCUCAUGGUUUUUAAUCUGAGUGUAUUUCACCAUCAUGGUCAAAGUCCUGAAAAAGGAGCAAUGAUGGGGUCUGGAACUGGGAUCUGAACCUGUCAGAAGACCUGAUGUGACCUGGAGAAAGCCUGGCUUAUUUUUAACCAAUAAGAGACUUGGACUUCUAUUUUUGACUCACUCCAUGAUGUUCCAUCUUUUCAUAGACCACAUUCACAGGAUGGACAUUUUUCUCUGACGUCAUAGUCAGGGUGGGACGCUUCAACAGCGUUGGCGUAAUCCUGCUUCAUAUCCGGUUUCAGUAAAAAUGAGACCAAACAUCUUUAACAUGAGCGGACUGAAAAGUUAGUUAGCAUCAAAACACGGCUGAUGUCAGCAUCCACACAUGACCUUUACCAACAUUGGAGAGUCCCAUAACAGGAAGAGAAAUUAUAACCGAUCAUAGAAAACCUUUGGAUGUAUUUAAGCUAACGGCACAUUAGCCGAGCGGCUCUGUCCGUUUGGUUCAGUUUGACCGUAGCGUUAGCGUGAGCUUUUAAUGGGUGUUGUAACUGAUGUUUUUUAUCAGCCGAAUAAUCUUGAGGUUUAUGAAUGGCCUUAUGGAUUUUUUUUAAUUCACAUUAGUUUGUUUAAAAAAGUGACAUUAACGUUGGAUGCAGACAUGAGCUCUGUCGAACUCUUCUCUUCAAAUUAGUUUUUGAAAACUUUUUUUUUUUCAUUUUCUGUGGGGUUUGGCACUUUUAUCAGCUCAUGUGUGGACUUUUAUUUUUGAGGAAAGUGCUGGUUCACAGACUUCCUUAAAUAACGCUCAAAGUUCCCCCUGAGACUGACAUCCCUGAAAAAUGAUCGUAGUUUGGUGUCCUGAACUCUGAUUUUGACAUGUGAUGUUAUAAAACACAGUUCUUGCUCACAGUGGAAAAUAAAACUGAAAUUCUGAUUGAAUAAAAUUCAGAGGAAAAGUUCUUUAUUUUUUUAUUUUGUAGAAACCAAACUCACAGGUAUAAAACCUGCACCUUCGUUCACCUUUGUGCCCAGACAUAACUUCCCCAGAUUGGUUCCUGAUCUGCAGGUUCAGAAACUAAGUGACUGGGCCUGUCUGGUCUCUAAUUCUCACAGGCGUGUUUGUCAGGCAAUAAACAUCGUACAGAUGUAGACGACGAUGAACAGGCAUGUCUUUAAAACUUUCUGCAGUUGUUGCUCCUGUUGCUGCAUUCACUGUCACGCCCCUCUGCCUCGACACUGCCCCCUAAUGUUCAUGUGCAUACUACCGCCUGCUUGGUUUUCAUUUCUGAGGAUGUGCUCCAAAUUAACCCUGUGUGGCAGCUGUCCUGCAUUCCUGUCAGUGAAGUCAACACCAUGUACAUCUCCAGCCUCAGCUCUGAGCUUCAGCAUGACUCGUGCUGGUUUAAGUUCUUCUUGCCAGCAAGCUGACUCGGGGUAAAGUAAACUUCAUCCAGCCAAGCUGUAACGGAGCUGAAGGUCUUCAGUAUUUAUACCAGUGAAGACAUGGAGAUAUGCAAACUCUGUCACCAUGGCAGGAGGGCAAGAAAUCAAGACCUCUGAGACAUUUGGACCACCAGUCUACGGAUUAUCACUGAGAGGUUAGAUCACCCACCAACAAUGUGGGUGGACAAACAGACAUAACGACCGUGGUUCAUUCUGCUGCUCUGAGAUCAGGCCUAACGGCUCUGCUCCAGUAGCUCAUUUCACACCAACACCGGUGUCAUGGACGAAACAGAUCAGUAAGAAAAGGGCAGACAGUCCGGAUGGAUGUGUUACAGGGUUAGAGUGUCACCAAAAAAAAAAGUCAGCAGAAUUAGAUUUUAUUAAAGCAUGUCGAGGACAACAUAAAUGAUGACUGAUUUGUCCACAGGGGGCGCCAAAUCUGACACAAACCAAAAGUUCCUUACAAGAGCUUUAAGGCACAACGGGCCAUUUUAUAAUAUUUUGUAAGUAAAUUACAGAAAUCAUGACAUCUUAUGAUACAUUAGAUGAAUUUUCCUUUUUUUUUUUACAUCUGGAUAAAGAUGAAGAUAUGAGAUGUGAUUAAAAAAACAGAAUUUAAAAGAUGCAGUUGUUAAAAUUGAGUAAAGAUAUAAUACAUUUUAAACCAUUAAAUACAUCUAACUGCUUAUGAUACUUUAUAAACGUUGUUAUAAGAUGUAAUAAAUUAUUAUCACUUAUAAGGAUCGCAACAAAGCCUUAUAGAUGUGUUUUAAAAGAGCUAAAGACACAUCAAAAAGUUGGUCAUAGUUACCAAAAACUCCUCACAGGAGCUUUAAAAACGAAGUUUAAUGUAUUCUCAGUUUUAAAGCCCCAAGUCUCACAUUUUUAAAUGUAAACUGGUUUUAGAGUAACUGAAGGUCUGGAUAAUGAAAAUGUUUCUUCUUUGAAAAAGGUCCAGAAGGUUUAUAAUCCUGACUCUUUUCUAACAACACUCAAAAAACCUGUACAUGCCUUCAAACUAUCACCUUUACUGCAGUGAGAUUCUGUGCCUCCAAAUUUAACAUCAUCAGUUCAUCAAAUCUAUUUCACAGUUUCACUCAAACUCUGUUUUCAGAGUGACACAUUGACUUGAACAGCUUGAUGAAUCUUAGCAGUAAGUUUGUCUCUGUUAUAAACUGUAAUGGGUCUAUUUGAGCAGGAGUUAUGAUCAGACCUGCUUUAAAGAGCAGUAAGGCCUAUCAGUGUCGCUUCAUUAAACUGAAUCUUUGUAACAGUGAUUUUUCUGUCCUCCCCACCCUCAGCAUGAAGACGAGCUCCUGCAGAUGCAGAAGAAGCUGAAGGGGACAGAGGAUGAGCUGGACAAAUACUCUGAGGCUUUGAAGGAUGCUCAGGAGAAGUUGGAGGUGGCCGACAAGAAGGCUGCUGACGUGAGUAACCCCCUCAUCCAUGUUGUAGCACCGUUACUAUCUCUGCUCCUCCACAGCAUCAGCCCAGAACAGAGUCUGUGCUCCUCUCUGGGAGUCAGAAAACUGCUCCUUCCUUUAAUAACUCUGUAACCGGGCAGAGGAGACAGCAGCCCUGGCCCACAGAUCCGUCUUCUCGCUGUGAUAAAAGCCGUGAUGCUGUCCUGUAAACCAAUCCGUCUGAUUCCCUCCUCAUUCCAUUCUCCACAUGCCCGCCGCGGACCCUCACAGCUGUCGGGGAUUCAUGUCCCUCUUUAUCCAUGAUGUCAGUCCUCAGACCUCACUGUGAGAUUAACAAUGGUCAGAGUCCAUUUUAGGAGCAUCAUCUGUUCCCUCAGGUCACUGUAUGAAACCGUCAGAACUCAUUUAAACACGCUACCUUGAAACUCUACUAAUGCUCUCACUUACUGUUUCAGCCUAUAUUCAGUCACUUAUUAUAAUUAAAGGGAUAGUUCUGUGUUUUUGCAGUGUAAUUAUAUGAGUUAAGUGUCUUUAGUUAGUGUUUUAGCCAUAAUGGACGUCAGUGAGCUCCGCCCCUUUAAUGAGAAACUGAAGAGAGAGCCGGCACGCAAGCUAGGCUACAGUUUUCUGCGGAUGUUUGCACUCUGACAUGUGAUUCAGAGACCUUGAAAACCCUUACAGACACAGAGAGUUUGAUCUUACCUGCACCAUCACUCACAGACCGUCAUCAUAGUGUUCUCUUUGCAGCCUCAGGCGUCAUAAAUGUUCACUGAGGGCACAGAGAGGAUGUGGGGCUGAUGUUCAAAACUAAAAUCAGUCAUUUAUUUACUGCUACGUCAUUCAUGUCAAGGGAAAGUUCACUGUUUCUGCAGUUUGGUUGUAUGAGUAGGUUAGGUUAGGGUAGGAUAGGAUAUCCUCCUAAUCUUAGUUUCAAUCUGUCUCACUGUGUCUGUCUGUGUCUUUGUCUCUGUAUCUCUGUGUCUUUGUCUUUGUAUCUUUGUGUCUUUGCCUCUUUGUCUGUCUCUUCAGGCUGAGGCCGAGGUGGCAUCUCUGAACAGGAGGAUCCAGCUGGUGGAGGAGGAGUUGGACAGAGCUCAGGAGAGGCUGGCAACAGCUCUGCAGAAACUGGAGGAGGCAGAGAAAGCUGCAGACGAGAGCGAGAGGUGACGUCUCUCUGUGUUACAAACACCUGUAAAAAUAUCUUCACCUGAGGGGAGACGAAAGGUAGAGCUGUGGAGGUUGAUCUUUAAAGCUUUAGAUCUAGUGUUAUACUAUACUGCAGCAGCCUGCUCUGAGGCACCUGAGAUCAAACCUGAAACUGAUGUGUCAGAGUUCUGGACACACCUGAGCAUCACUGCAGUGUGCUGGGAAACCACCAGGGGGCAGAGUGAUACCCUGAGAGAACGACCUAACAGACAGAGGAGCAGGACAAACACUAGGAAACCUGCAGCAGGUCAAAGAGGUCAAAGAUGCUCUGAAGGAUUAGAUGUGUCACUAUUAUAUCAGACCCGCUAAAUGAACUGUCUGCAGGGUAAAUGAAAACAGCUUUAACCCUUUGAUAACCUGUAAUAAAACUGUUUUAAUAAGAAAAGUCAUUUAAAGCUCCUGUGAGGAUUUUUUACUUUGUUUUGGUUUUGGGUUUGUUUCAGUCUGUCAUUAGAAAAAACGUCUCCACCUCCUGUCUGUAGUUUAACUGUUUUUAUCAGAAUAUUAAAGCACAAUUUUUAUAUCUGUGUGUGUGUGUGUCCGUGCACUCAGAGGAAUGAAGGUGAUUGAGAACCGGGCUCUGAAGGACGAGGAGAAGAUGGAGCUGCAGGAGAUCCAGCUGAAAGAGGCCAAACACAUCGCAGAGGAGGCUGACCGCAAAUACGAGGAGGUGACAGAGAAUGUGCAGCUGUGAUUGGUCCACAGCCCAGCAGCUGUGGUUUAAUGCACAGGGAAGUAUGACGCCUGAGUUCAUCUCAUGUAUCUGUAAACUGUUUGAGUCCAGGUGGCCCGUAAGCUGGUGAUCGUAGAAGGAGAGCUGGAGCGCACAGAAGAGAGGGCAGAGCUCGCAGAGGCGUGAGUGUCUCUAAGUUUCUUAUCUUCAAACUUUAACAGCUGACUUUUUUCUGUGUUUAACAGGCUAUUUUUACCCUCUAUAUUGUCCUCACUAACUUGGGCUCUCCCUCUCUCUCUGAAAUCAAACAGUAAGUGUGCAGAACUGGAGGAGGAGCUGAAGAACGUCACCAACAACCUGAAGUCCCUGGAGGCUCAGGCAGAAAAGGUACAGAAGUCUUUAUUGAUGAUUUACUGCAGAAAUACAGUCUCCUGUCAGACAUCACUGAGGGCACACAGCCCUCUAAAGGAUGCUAAUUUAUCUGCACACACUCAUAGAUUAAAGCUGAAUCUGACCACAGAUCAGUCCUGAACAGUUGAGAUCGUCUCUGCUGUCAUCAGAUCUAAGUUUAUGUGUUUUCUCUCCUCAGUACUCUCAAAAAGAAGACAAAUAUGAAGAGGAGAUCAAGAUCCUCACCGACAAACUCAAAGAGGUGAGUAGGAGUUGAUAUAUAUUCAAAGUCAUCAGGACAACAUAAGACAUUUUCGGGUUUUUGUUUGACUGUUUUUCUAGUGAGAUGUUAAAGUCAUGUUUUUUUCCUCUCAGGCUGAGACUCGAGCAGAGUUUGCAGAGAGAUCUGUGGCCAAGCUGGAGAAGACCAUCGAUGACCUGGAGGGUACGACAGAAAUUGAAUGACUUAAUUAUAAGAACCUUUAUAACCUAAUAUCAUAAUUAGCUUUUUCAUGGGCAUUGCAAUCCACUACUGCACAUACUUGUUCCACGAUCAUCCUCUCUACUUCUCCGAGUCUGGCCUGCAUAGCAGAGGGGGCGGAGCUUUGAGUUGCAGUGUAGGAAAUCCCACUGUGUCUGAACCUGCUGUUUUAGUCUGCCAUAGGUUCACAGCAAUUUGAAUGCAGAAAUACUCAGAAAUGCAAUUUUGCACUAACUUUUCUCAUGAUAUGUCCUGUAGCAUCAGAAAAAUGCCAUGAUUUUCAUCAGAGUGGGUCUUUAACCCCGACACUCUCUCUUGUGUUUGUGAUCAGAUGAGCUGUAUGCACAGAAACUGAAGUACAAAGCCAUCAGCGAGGAGCUGGACCACGCCCUCAACGACAUGACCUCCAUGUGAGUCCUGCCGCCUCAGAAAGAGGCUUUUACACCUGCAUAUAUACAUUCAUAUGUGUGUGUUUUGUGCGUUUGUGUGUGUUUGCUUAAUAUGGCUCAGAAAGCAGCUUUUCAUGUCCUGUUCUUUGUGCUUUAUAUAGUGAUUAACAUUGUUGAAGAGAAGAUGGUCUAUAGGUUUUGAGCAGAAACAUCGUGAAGCUGAAUUACAAGAGAAAAGGUGUGAAGUGGAAACAGACUUUGACUUGGUGUGAUAACGACCACCUUAAAGAGAAUUACCAAAUCUUCAUAUUUAUGUUUACUUUGUUAUUGAUGAAAAAAAAGGUUUUAAAGGUCUGCAGCAGAUUUCUGCAUCCUGCAACAGUAAACUCUGACAGUGAAAGUCUGAUAUGACAGUUUAGGAUGUUAGUGGUCAGUGCAAUUUUAUACUUUUAAGAUGUUAUUUUCGUGAACAUCUCUGUGGAAGCCUUUAAAGCUCACACUCCAGGCCAGCGUCAAUGUCAUGUUAUAGUCUUUUGUUCACAAAUUUGUUUUAUAUCCUGUCCUGUUGUGCUGUGUCAUGUCCUCUCUAAUCAUGUUGUAUUGAACAGAAUCUGAAAUGAUCAGACUCAAAGCAGGUAAAUGUAGAGAGUGCUGCAGACCAACACACACAUUUGUACUCUGACAGUCAGGUCAGAAAUCUGCUCAGUUUUAUCUGUUAGAGCCUGUUUAUAAAACACCAUGUUUUCACUGAGGGGCCCUUUGGACCAAAAUUCAAUAUUCAGAGAGUCUGCUAACAGACAUACAGAUUUAAACAAAGAUUUUAACUAUUUUAGGAAGUAAAAAAGUUUCAAAAUUCAGCCCGAGGAAGUACAGUUUUACUGCAAACAUAUAUGUGUGUGUUUAUGUGCAAUUUUUUGUGUAUCUAUACAAAUGUGUGUGUAUUUAUGUGUACACAAAUGCAUUUGUAUAUAUUUGGUGUAUACAUAUAUGUUUGUGUUUGUAUUGUGUGUACACUAUUAGAAGUUGUUUAUUUAGUCACUAAAUUGUAGUCAUUUAGCUUAUUUGUCAGCCUGUGUUUUGAUUUAUUAUUAUUAUUAUUAUUAUUAUUAUUAUUAUUAUUAUUAUUAUUAUUAUUAUUAUUAUUGUCAUUAUCAUGGUUAUUGUUUUGUUGUUGUUGUUGUUGUUGUUUUGUUGUUGUUGUUAUUGUUAUGUUGUUUGCUAUCUUUGUAAAGGGGUCGGGGGGCUGUGUUUUUUAUCCGUUUACAAGUAUCUGUGUCUAAACUACUGCUGACAAAUAUGUGCAUGUUUACUACUUUAUAUGCUUGUAUAUAUAUAUAUAUAUAUAUAGAUAGAUAGAUAGAUAGAUAGAUAGAUAGAUAGAUAGAUAGAUAGAUAGAUAGAUAGAUAGAUAGAUAGAUAUCUGUGUGUGUGUAUGUGUGUGUAUAUGUGUAUAUAGUGUAUAUAUACAUAUAUACUGUAUGUACAUAUAUGUGUGUGUGUGUAUAGAUAUAUAUGUACAUAUACAGUAUGUUUGUGUGUGUACAUAUAUGUAUGGAAGUAUAUUAACAUACACUUGACAUGUUCAUUUGUGUUUGUUUGUGUUGAUAAUAAUGACACUAAUUUAUAGUGAAAUUAUCAUAAUUAUCAUUACAGUAAUAUCACUUUAACACUUCUAAGUAUCAGAUUGUCACAUUCACUUGAGUGUCUUUGUAAAGGGUCAUCCAGUGUCCUCUUAUGAAGUUGUGCACUGUCUUGUCCUGCAGUGUAGUAUGAUGUGUUGUGUGUAAUUGUGUGUAGUUGUGUAGUUGUGGGUAGUUUUGUGUAAUGUUGUGUCAGUCCUGCACUGAUUUGCCGUUCCGUCGGAUGACACACUAAUCUGAGUCUGUUUUUAACAUGACCUUUCAGAGACUUUAGUUCAGACUCUGUAAAAACAGUAAAAUUCUUUUUUGUUUGUGUGUUUGUUUGUCUCCAGGAGUCCAGCACCUUUUCUCUGGGUCUCAUUAACACUUUCAAUCCUCUCUGUCUUUUUGUGUUUUCAGCUAAACGCCCAGAAUCUCCUCAUCCUGUUAGAGACACUGUUGGACAUCAUCUGACCUCAGUCUGUCCUCUGUCUCCUCUGUCCUGUCUCCUCUGUCCCCUAUGUCCUCUAUCCCCUCUGUCCUGUCUCUUUGGUCUGUCAGUAUCACUCAUUGAGUCUCUUAUUUAUGGUUUUUCUGCGUCAGGCUACUUUCGUCUGAUUUCUCUCGUUCUUCU